CCAAAUUUGUGUGCACUCUUCAAACUCCAAUAUUUCUACUAUAUAUAUAACUCCAAUAAUCUCCCCACCCUCACACUUAGCUACCACCAAAAAUUAUCAGAUAUCCAAUAAAAUCACACUCACUUCGAGCUCUAAUCGGCGAUCAAUGGCGGCCGCCGUCUCCACCGUCGGUGCUGUCAACCGCGCACCGGUGAAGUUGAAUGGCGGCAGUGCAGCCCCAAGCACGGCCUUCUUCGGGGGCGCCCUGAAGAAGGCGAACCCCUCACACGCCCCGAAGGCUUCGUCGAGGAAGCUGAGGGUGGUGGCUCAGGAUGUCGAUGAGAAGAAACAGACCUCCGGAGACAGGUGGAAGGGCCUCGUCGAGGACGUCUCCGACGACCAACAGGACAUCACUAGAGGGAAGGGACUCGUCGACUCGCUCUUCCAGGCGCCCACCGGAAUGGGCACACACGACGCUGUCCUCAGCUCAUACGAGUACAUCAGCCAGGGCCUCCGCGAGUACAACUUGGACAACAAGUUGGAUGGAUUCUACAUUGCCCCAGCUUUCAUGGACAAGCUUGUUGUUCACAUCACCAAGAAUUUCAUGACAUUGCCUAACAUCAAGAUCCCUCUUAUUUUGGGUAUUUGGGGAGGCAAAGGACAAGGCAAAUCAUUCCAAUGCGAGCUCGUUUUUCGCAAGAUGGGCAUCAACCCUAUCAUGAUGAGCGCGGGAGAGUUGGAGAGCGGGAACGCCGGAGAGCCGGCGAAGCUGAUCCGGCAGCGGUACCGGGAGGCGGCCGACAUAAUCAAGAAGGGGAAGAUGUGCUGCCUGUUCAUCAACGACCUGGACGCCGGGGCGGGGCGGAUGGGCGGCACCACCCAAUACACGGUGAACAACCAGAUGGUGAACGCGACGCUGAUGAACAUCGCCGACAACCCCACCAACGUGCAGCUGCCGGGAAUGUACAACAAGCAGGAGAACCCCCGCGUCCCCAUCAUCGUCACCGGCAACGACUUCUCCACCCUCUAUGCUCCGCUCAUCCGCGACGGGCGCAUGGAGAAGUUCUACUGGGCCCCCACCCGCGAGGACCGUAUCGGCGUUUGCAAGGGCAUCUUCCGCACCGAUGGCGUCCCCGAGGAGGCCGUCGUCAAGCUCGUCGACACCUUCCCCGGCCAGUCCAUCGAUUUCUUUGGGGCACUGAGGGCGAGAGUGUACGACGACGAAGUGAGGAAGUGGGUGACCACAAUCGGGAUAGAGAAUGUCGGGGGCAAGCUGGUGAACUCGAGGGACGGGCCGCCGACAUUCGAGCAGCCGAAGAUGACGUUGGAGAAGCUUCUAGAAUACGGGUUCAUGCUGGUGCAGGAGCAGGAGAAUGUCAAGAGGGUGCAAUUGGCUGAGACAUACUUGAAAGAUGCUGCUUUGGGAGAGGCCAACAAAGAUACCAUUGACCGAGGGAUUUUCUACGGCAAGGCGGCUCAGCAGGUCAAUGUUCCGGUGCCGGAAGGGUGCACGGACCCGAACGCGAAGAACUUCGAUCCAACGGCGAGGAGCGAUGAUGGGAGCUGCACGUACAAACUCUAAGAAGUUUUUGUGACUCUUUUUUGGAUUAUGGAUUGUAUAACAUAAAGUUGAACGAUGAGAGGUUGUAUAAGUAUAUGAAGUUGUGUUGAAUGUGUUUAAUGUCAAUGAAACAAAUUACUUGUUACUAGCUAGUGCUACAUUUAUAAGCUUUUCAUGGAUAAGUGUAAUAUGAUACCAUUUUAAAAAUAUAUAGUUUUACAUAUUUUGUAUA